AUGACUGUGAUACGAAGGUAUUUUGUUAGGAAAUAUGUGGUUAGGGACCUAUCAGACCAUGUUUGUUUAACACAAUACUUUACUUUUAAUCGUUAUUUGUACGAUUUUGUUUUAGGGUAUCCAAAACUUUGUCCAGGAUAUAUUGUAUCAAACUCAAGAUGGUUUAAUAGGCUAUUCAGCUUGUCCAGCUCAUGCACACCAGCAGAACCGCAUACAUGUUACGAUCAUGAGUUUACAUCAAAUCAAGUACGCAAGGUUAAAUCAGUCGGCUGUGCAGUGGUCGAUGAAAAGCCAAAAACAAAAACCCUUAAAGAUCAAGCUGCAAAUACCAAUAUGUUUACAAUCAACCUCAAGUGUCUAAGCCAAAAUGCAGAUUUUUGUGGAAAAGUCAAAAAAAGUUUGGGUGUUACAGGAGAAACGAUUACCAAAGCUCUAAUGUUAAAAGAACCUAUUGUUGUAGACAUCACUUUUAAACCACUAUCUCCAGGUGUAAUAGGUCAAACAGGAGUGUCUAGAUUUAUACCGUUGAAAGGCUCGGAUGGAGUAGAUAGAGUGUAUCCACAAGGAUUAGUAAAACAAUUCGAACUUCCAUCACAUCCGGAAUUUUUACCUUCUGACAUAGUAGCAGAAUUUAGCUCUGAAUUGAAUUUUUGGUUUGAUGAUGAUACAACACCGAUUGCAAACAAUCAGCUAUCAUUCUCAUAUAUGACAUUGCACGAAUUCAUGCAUGGUUUGGGAUUUUUAUCAUUAUGGGAUGUUAAUGAUCCUCAAACUCAAACAGCAGUGAUACCACCACUUAAUGCAAAAGCUUUGGAUGCUUCACAAGAUCCACCACUAAUAUUUAAUGGAUUCAUAGAUGGUAUAUUUGAUAGAUUUGUAAGAGUGAUGGCAACUGGCAAGACGUUAAGCGAUUUGACAGCCGAAUUAAAUACUUUUGCACCAAAAGGCACACAGUUUGCUUCGUUAACUGAGUUUUCAGCCAAUUUUUCAGCAUCCACUCAAUUUAAAGUUGUAACUGAUAUGUUAACAACUGCUACAACACCUUUAACACUUGGCUUCUUACCAAAAGGCUUGGAUUUUCAAACAGUUACACCAAACAAAACUGCCGAUGAUCCAUUUCUUUAUUUGGAAACCAGUUUAAACCCUUAUAUGCCAGGAUCAAGUCUUAGUCAUGCGAGUCAAGCAUUGUACCUGAAAAGCUUUGAGUUCCUAAUGACUUUUCAAGAACCUCCAGCUAAAACGUUGGCUCAAGCAGUUAUAGAUGGUGGAAAUUUUGCUGGAGGUGCAAUCGGACCCAAGCUUAUAUCCGUUUUAGAAUCGUUGGGAUAUGCAACUGCAAAUAAUCCAAAUCCAGAAAUUCCAAGUUUGAGUGACACACCUCUUUCUAAGAGGAGAUAA